AUGUCACACUCCGUCGGCGAAAGCGCUGCGCCCAGUGCUCAGCCAGCCACAACCGAGCAGGGUCUAAUCGAUGUUCAAGCUGCUGCUCCAGAGAAUGCGCCGACGUCCAAUUCCACUGCCCCUCGCCUGAACCCGCGGAGUUGCGUCACAUGUCGUCGCAGAAAAGUCCGUUGCAAUAAAGAAAAUCCAUGCGCGAACUGUGUAAGAGCGGGGAUCGAAUGUGUGUUUCCCGGUCCUGGCAGAGCACCUAGAAAACCAAGGAAACCGCCUGAUGCAGAGUUAUUGGCGCGGCUGCGCAGAUUAGAGGGCGUUGUCCACAGUCUCGGUGCGCAAGUGGAUGAGAAUGGAAUUGUGUCGCCUGCUCUCACGGGCUCGACGGAUAUCCGGGCACGCUUCGGUGAAGUGCAAUCAAGCGAUUCACCAGUCUCUGAUCGCUCGGACCCGAAAAGACAGUCUAUUGACAAACAUUUCGGGCGCCUAGUGAUCAACGAAGAUCGCAGUCGCUAUGUGAACAGUGCGUUUUGGACGGGUAUGAGCGAUGAGAUUGCCGAGAUGCGGGACUUGCUCGACCCAUCAAGCACCGAAGAUGGAGAUGAGGUUCAGUCUCCCGAAACCGACCGCCAAUCCAAUCACCAAGCCUUCCUCUUUGGUUACUCCUCAGUCAUGCAAGAUCUGAGAGAGUUGCAUCCUAGUCCCAGUCAGAUUUUCAUUCUUUGGGAAGUCUUCAAAGAGAACGUCGACCCUGUGGUUCGAAUACUCCAUCGGCCUACGGCCAAAACGAUUCUUAUGAAUGCUGCGAGUAGUAUCGAUCGAGUGUCGAAACCAGCAGAAGCCUUACUGUUUUCAAUCUACUUCGGGGCGGUCGUCAGCUUGACCCCCGAGCAAUGCCGGCAGCUGCUAGACGAGGACAAGCAGUCUCUCCUGAAGAAGUACCGAUUUGCAACAGAACAAGCUUUGGCCCGCGCAGAUUUUCUGAACAGCUCAAGUCUCAUGUGCUUGCAAGCACUGUCGUUUUUCCUCAUAUUUGUCCGGCAUUGUGAUGACUCGAGAUUGGUGUGGGCAUUGGGAGGACUGGCUAUCCAUCUUGCACAGUCGCUGGGCAUCCACCGCGAUGGAACCCAUUUCGGACUAAAUCCAUUUGAUACAGAAAUGCGACGCCGGUUAUGGUGGCAAAUUUCCCUGCUGGACAAUCGGGCAGCCGAAGAUCAUGGUGUUGAUCCUUCCUUUAAUGACCAAUUUUACGAUACCAAGGUCCCUGCGAACUUGAACGACGACGACAUCUAUCCCGGCAUGAAGGACUGGCCCAAAGAAAGAAUCGGAGCGACCGAGAUGACGUUCUGUUUGAUUCGCUACGAGAUCAGCGUCUUUUCGCGGCGCUUCAACUUCGCAGCCCCUGGAUACGGUACACCGCAAAUCCCCGAGUUGUGCUUGGAAGAAAAAGAGAAAUUGAUCGACGAGUGUCAUCGGAAGCUCGAAGAGAAAUACUUACGACAUUGUGACAUGAAUAUGCCUAUAUAUUGGGUGGCUGCAACGGUCGCCCGUCUCAUCCUGGCCAAGAUGUGGUUGAUGGUUCACCACCCGCGAGCGUACUCCAACAACAACAACGAAGGAUCGCCGAUGCCGGCAGAGAUCCGUGAUCGAGUGUUCAUCACUUCAGUGGAAGUGAUAGAGUUCUCUCAUCUCCUAGAGAAGAACGAAAACACGGCGAAAUGGGGUUGGUUAUUCAGGACCUACAUGCAAUGGCAGUCAGUGGCCUUCGCAUUGUCAGAGAUAUGCGUCAGACCACCUGGACCUGAUGUAGACCGAGCUUGGCGAGCGGUUGAAUCAGUCUACGGGGAACGAAUGACGAAUUCCAAGUAUCAGAAAGGAAUGCUAUGGAAACCCUUACGGCACCUCAUGGCCAAAGCAAAGGCCCGAAGAGCAGCGCAACAAGCCCAGUCAAACCAGAUCCAGCCGGAUUCCGAAAUCAUGUUUGCCGAUAUAGGUGACCCAACCCCCAUGGAACGGUUUAUGCAAGACUAUUCAGCCAGCGCGAGCGCGAACGCGAUAGAGACAUUCGGUAUGGCAGGCGAGGAGCCCUACAAUGCAGGCAUGGCCUUAGAUCCGCGAGUGCGAGAAUCCUUUCGGGCAGCAAGUGGCAGUGCAACGGCAGAGAGUGUCAACACCAUCACGCAGGACAGUUCUAGUAGUGCGGGAGUGAACUGGACGCCGGAGCAUAUGCCGCUAGGUAGCAACGACAUUUUGGACUUCGGAUGGUCACCAUCUGUGGGCGACUUUACGGUGCGGGGAGAACCUUUCCAGCGAUUUUUCGUGACUAUGCAAGAGAACUGGUUCUGA